UUGAUCUCUCGCAUCAGUACCAUUUCCAUCGUCUUCACCGCGUAGGCAAGGAGAGGGACCAGGGUACUCCAGCGCCUUCGCACAGAGAGACGUCUGGCAGUCGCGGAGAGCAUCUUCGAUCCACUCCACACAUAGACGACGAGUGGCGAACAAAAAACACAGAUUUCAAUAACACGUUAAACCCUCGAAUAACAGGCAUGGAGAGCCUGUUAGAUAAUCCAAUGAAAGCUGUCCUCUAUCUGAAAGAACUGACGACCAUCGUUCAGAACCAGCAGAGUUUGAUCCAGACGCAGAGGCAGCGGAUAGACGAGCUGGAAAGGAAGGUGGAAGACCUAAUUGGCGAGAACCGGCAGCUGAAGGACCCGCACCCGGCGCAUCACUACCACCAUCACCAUCACCCUUCCCCGCCGAGCUCCAGCCCGCAGCCGCCUGUCCUCGCGCAUCAGCACCCCGCGAAUAAAACCGCGACCCAGUCGGGUCAUCCUCCGCAGCAGGUGAAAAAUCUGCCGGCACAGCCACAGCAACCGCCGCCUCCGCCACCAACUCAUCAGCCGCAGCAGCUGCAGCUGGUGCCCACCUCCCCUCCGUCCGCGCAGCCGGGGAAAUCAAGCCCCGAGUCCGCCGAGGAGGACAAAAAGAGCCCCAGCUGCAAGUCCCUGGUACCGCAGACGCCAACGACACUCUGUAGGUCGGUGGGACUUACCAGGAAAGCAGAAAACCAGACAGUCCUGCACCAGUUCUGCUGCCCAGCUCCUGAAGCUCCAGAAGGGGACUCCUCUAGCUGUUCCACAAGCGACGCCCACCCGCCGGGCGGGGCAGGGCAGCCCGAGGGCGAGGCGAGCGCGCAGGAUGGCGCGCAGGAGGAGGAGGAGGAGGAGGGAGGAGGCGCGGCGGGCGUCCGGGGGGGCACGGGGCAGAAAGCCAGCCUGCACCACACCACCUCUCCCGUGAGGGUGCAGCGGAGCAAGGGGCCCGGGGGGGCCUGCGCCCACGCCUCCGCCUCCGACUACGAGCUCUCGCUCGACCUCAAAAACAAGCAGGUGGAAAUGCUAGAGCACAAGUACGGGGGUCACCUGAUCUCCCGCCGCGCCGCCUGCAAGAUCCAGACGGCCUUCCGGCAGUACCAGCUCAGCCGGAACUUCGAGAAGAUCCGCAACUCGCUGCUGGAGAGCCGGCUGCCGCGGCGCAUCUCGCUGCGCAAGGUGCGGGUGCAGAACGCCGAGGGCUUCUCCGCCGAGAAGGCCCUGCUGGAGGGCUACGGCUUCAUGGGCAUCCCGCUGGUGCGCUCCCCGUCCCUGCCCGCCGCCAUCGGCGGCACCCUCACCGACCUGGAGGACUCCUUCACCGAGCAGGUGCAGUCGCUGGCCAAGUCCAUCGACGACGCGCUCAGCAACUGGAGCCUGAAGACCAUGUGCUCCCUGCAGGACGGCGGCGGCGGCGGCGGCGGCGGCGGCACCUACCAGUUCACCGAGACCUUCAGCAGCGGGGGCCCUCCCCCGGGCGGGGCGGGGGGCGGGGCCGCGGAGCCGGGGGCGGACCCCGGCGCGCCGCAGGACGCCGGGCCGGAGGACAACCCCGACGGCCUCUCGCGCAGCAGCGCCAGCAAGCUGAUGAUGGCCUUCCGCGACGUGACGGUGCAGAUCGACAACCAGAACUUCCACGUGUCCUCCUCCGUCGUGGAGUCCACCUCCGUCUCCCUGGGCAACUGCGUCCAGGAGGGCGGCGGUGUUGGCGGCGGUGGCAGCGCUGACGGGGGCCGCGAGGAGCCCCCGGCGGGGGAGUGGGAGGCGCCUCCGCAGGACGAGGGGCCUCUGGACCCCGGGGAGAUGGACUACGAGUUCCCGGCCCCGCCGCCGGAGGAGCUGGGGGAGGAGCUGCUGCGGGAGCUGGCCCUGGAGAAGGUGGAGGAGGGCCCGGGACCAGAGGCCCAGCCGCGGGCCGGGGCGGGGUCUGGGGCGGGGGCGGGGGGGGCGGGCGAGGCCGACGCCGGGCCCGAGGUCCUGGAGGCCAAGCGCAGCGAGUCGGAGACGGCCGACAACAGCUCGGAGCAGAUGAGCAGCAGCAGCACCUCCACCUCGGCCAAGUCGGCCUCGGAGGCCUCCUCCAAGGAGGCGCUGCAGGCCAUGAUCCUCAGCCUGCCGCGCUACCACUGCGAGAACCCGGCCAGCUGCAAGUCCCCCACCCUCUCCACCGACGUCAUGCGCAAGCGCCUGUACCGCAUCGGCCUCAACCUCUUCAACGUGAACCCGGACAAAGGCAUCCAGUUCCUCAUCUCCCGCGGGUUCAUCCCGGACACACCCAUAGGCGUGGCCCACUUCCUGCUGCAGAGGAAGGGCCUGAGCCGACAGAUGAUCGGCGAGUUCCUCGGCAACAGCAAGAAGCAGUUCAACAGGGAUGUGCUGGACUGCGUGGUGGACGAGAUGGAUUUUUCCGGAAUGGAGCUGGACGAGGCCCUGCGGAAGUUCCAGGCCCACAUCCGGGUCCAGGGCGAGGCCCAGAAGGUGGAGAGGCUCAUCGAGGCCUUCAGCCAGCGCUACUGCAUGUGCAACCCCGAUGUGGUGCAGCAGUUCCACAACCCCGACACCAUCUUCAUCCUGGCCUUCGCCAUCAUCCUCCUCAACACGGACAUGUACAGCCCCAACAUCAAACCGGACCGCAAGAUGAUGCUGGAGGACUUCAUCCGCAACCUGAGAGGGGUGGACGACGGGGCAGACAUCCCGCGGGACAUGGUGGUGGGCAUCUACGAGCGCAUCCAGCUGAGGGAGCUGCGCUCCAACGAGGACCACGUCACCUACGUCACCAAGGUGGAGCAGUCCAUCGUGGGCAUGAAGACGGUGCUGUCCGUCCCCCAUCGGAGACUGGUGUGCUGCAGCCGGCUCUUCGAAGUGUCCGACGUCAACAAGGCCCAGAAGCAGGCCGCCCACCAGAGGGAGGUGUUCCUCUUCAACGACCUCAUCGUGAUCCUGAAGUUGUGCCCAAAGAAAAAGAGCUCGGCUACCUACACGUUCUGCAAAGCCAUGGGUCUCCUGGGAAUGCAGUUCCACCUCUUUGAAAACGAAUACUACCCCCACGGGAUCACCAUCGUGUCGCCCUACUCCGGCUCGGAGAAGAAGCAGGUGCUCAACUUCUGCGCCCAGAGCGCGGAGGAGCUGCUGAAGUUCGUGGAGGACCUGAAGGAGUCGAUCGCCGAGGUGUCGGAGAUGGAGCAGAUCCGUAUCGACUGGGAGCUGGAGAGGCAGCAGGGGGGCAAGGCUCACUGCAGCAGAAGCAACGGGUCUCAGCUGGAGAUUCGGGCAAAGCGGGGCUCCCCACCAGGCAAGACGGACCUUGAAGAAAGGAGUGGGAACAACACAGUGGAGGUGUCAAUUCACAACAGGCUUCAAACGUACCAGCUCAGUGCGUCCCGGAGCCCUGAGCGCGGAUCCCUCCUCGGCCACCGGGGGGAGCUGUUCUACCCACAGCUCCAGCCCAGCGCGGCCACGCCCGUCCACCUGCCCGGCCCGCUCGUCGACCUGCGCCCGGAGGCGCUCAUCCAGUGCCAGCAGAUCGUCAAGGUGAUCGUCCUGGACAAGGGCGGGCACGGGCGGGUGGAGGCCUUCCUCAGCCACACCCCCACCCACCGGUUCAUCCGCUCCGCCCUCUCCACCCCCGUCAGGUCCCCCGAGGGCAGGGACCAGGGCAGCUCCAGCCCCCAGCCCCCCCUGCCUCCGCCCCCGCCGCCGUACAACCACCCCCAUCAGUACUGCCCGCCCCAGCCCCCCCACCCGCUGCUCGCCCGGCGGAGGGACUCCAGCGGCUCCCGCAGCCUUGUGUAAAUAUAAACUGACCUUUGACCCCUAACCUUUGACCUUUUAUAGAGAAGAAUAUCCACAUUAUAGUAUAAUAUAACAGUACAUAUGUAUAUAUAUAUAUGCACAGAUGAGUUUUAAAAAAAAGACAUAUAUUUAAGAAAUAACAAAAAAUAUAUAAACAAAUAUGGAGCAGCUCUCAGACUUUUCUGGAAUAUGAAGUAUAAUAUUCUGUUGGUUUACUCAUCAAUGUUGGUCACAGAUUUUUUUUUUUCCUUCAGUUUUUUCCCCUCUUGAAACAGUUCCACGGCUAAUUUUUCCUGAAUGAGAUGGAAUUUGGAACGAAAGAAACAAUUAUGGUCCUCAGCUUUGUAUUUGAGGCCCACACACUAAUCUCUUACUGGGCGUUUUUGUGUUGGACUGACGAAAACUGUGAGUGCCAAAGCAAAUCUGACUUCACAAAAUGGACUCCAUUGGUGUCUGAGAAAACUGAGUAAAGAAUAUAUCUGUGAUUUAGGAACAAGCAGUUCAUGAAAUACGUGUGUGAUUGUCCCACCAAGACUGAAAAGAUAUUUAGUCAUUUAAGAAGUUUAAGCAAAAAAAAAAAAUGCAACCAGCACUCAAAAAUUUGUUGAAACAAUUCACUUGUUCU